AUGGCAAACAAUACUUUCACUGGUGUAUUGCCCCCAUCCAUAGGCCAGCUGUCUUCCGAUCUCUAUCACUUGAGUUCACCAUCCAACAUGAUAAGCAGAAGCAUACCACAACAGAUUGUCAAUCUUACAAAGUUAACUUUCUUAUAUCUAGGCAAUAAUCUUUUCAGCAGCAAUAUUCCAUCUGGAAUUAAAAGAUUCUGUAAGUUAGAAAUAUUCUGUUUGGAUGGGAACAAAUUAGAAGGAAGCAUUCCAAGUGAGAUAGGUCAAAUGCAACAUCUGGGACUCUUAGAUCUCAGUCACAAUCAGUUAUCUGGAAAAAUACCCAACUCUCUUUGUAGCUCCCAGCAGCUAAGACGUCUUUUUCUUCACCACAACAAGUUAUCAGGGGAGAUCCCUUUUAGGUUGGAGGGAUGUCAUAAGUUAGAGCUCCUUGACUUAUCUCACAAUAAACUAAGGGGAAGGAUACCUGGUGAAGUCAUUGACACCCUUCAAAACCUGCAAUUCUACCUCAAUCUUUCAUGGAAUUCUCUGCAAGCGUUGUUGCCACAGGAAUUGAGUAAAAUUGCAAUGGCUCAAGCCAUAGAUAUAUCUGGAAAUCGACUAAAUGGGGUCAUUCCAAUUUCUCUAGGAGACUGCACAGCAUUAGAUAAUCUAAAUCUGUCCCACAAUGCCUUUGAAGGUCCAAUAUCAAAUUCACUUUCCAAAUUAAAAAAUCUCCAAGAAAUGGAUCUUUCUUUCAAUAAUUUGUCAGGGCAGAUUCCAGAAGCAGGGUUGUUUCCAAAUAGAACUGUUGUAACAUUGAUUUUCGGGAACCCUGGCCUAUAUCUUGUCAUUGCAACAGCUGGAUUUGAUGAGUCAAACUUGCUUGGAGUGGGUAACUUUGGAUCUGUCUACAAAGGCGUCUUGAGGGAUGGUCAGAUAAUUGCUAUCAAGACUCUUAAUUUUCAAAAUGAAGAAGCUCUUAAAAUUUUUAAGAGAGUGCAAUUUGUUAGGGAGGAUUCGGCACCAUGUAGCCCAUGGCAUGGAAUUUUAAAUCAUGAUUGUCCUCUACAAAUUGUGCACUGUGAUUUAAAACCUAGCAAUGUGCUGUUGGACGCCAACAUGACAGCCCUUGUGACAGAUUUUGAGUAUGGAUUGGGUGGGAAUGUUUCUACCAAGGGGGAUGUCUAUAGUUAUGGAAUUCUAAUAUUAGAGAUGGUUAAAAGGAAGAGACAAAGUGAUGAGAUGUUUGUGGCAGACAUGAACUUGCAAAAGUGGGCGAGGUUGGCUUUUCCUGACAGAUUGGCAGAAGUAGUUGAUAGUGAGCUGUUCAAAGAUGUGAAUUGA